AUGGGGCAGACUCAAAUUACGGGUCAACCGCAAGGCAUCCCACACGUGUGCAUUGGGUUCUGGCGGACAAACAACUACCGUAAACUGAGCAAAGCUUUUGGGGCAUUGUUUGCACUUGUAAGGUUUUUAAGUGUGUGUUCGAUUAUGAUUUUUAAGAGCAGUAUCUUGAACAAAGGCUCGGGGGCACUGCUUGCACUUAAAUGGCUUUUCACCAGUGUGCGUUCGAUUAUGGCUUUGAAGAUGGGAAUUUUGAGCAAAGGCUUGGGGGCACUGCUUGCACUUAAAUGGCUUUUCACCAGUGUGCGUUCGAUUAUGACUUUGAAGAUGGGAAUUUUGAGCAAAGGCUUGGGGGCACUGCUUGCACUUAAAUGGCUUUUCACCUGUGUGUGUUCGAUUAUGUCUUUGCAAAGUAGAAUUUUGAGCAAAGGCUUGGGGGCACUGCUUGCACUUGAAUGGCUUUUCACCAGUGUGUGUUCGAUUAUGAUAUCUCAGAGUGGAACUUUGAGCAAAGGCUUUGGGGCACUGCUUGCACUUAUAUGGCUUUUCACCUGUGUGGGCUCUAUUGUGGUAAGUCAGACUGCUACUGCUAGCAAAGGCUAA